UAAAUACUGAAGCAACACUCAUCCAUCACGUCCACCUCCGAUAUAAAAAGCCAAGCAACGGCCAGCAAAUUUCAUUCACUUCAUCACAAUUCAUUUAAGUCUUCCGCCCUUCACGCAAAUUAGCUUUCUCAGCUCCAUCUUCAACUCGUUCCAGCUUAAAUGGAGACCCCAACAAAAAUGCUGUGGUGCUUAAUCCUUUGUGCUGUCUUGAUGGUUGGCCCAUCAAAGGCCGAUAAGAACGUUACCAUAACUUUGAUCAAGAGUGCUGUGGCCGAUGGAGCCGUGUGUUUGGACGGAAGCCCACCCGCUUACCAUUGGGAUGCAGGAAGCGGUUCUGGUGCCCGCAAUUGGCUGGUUCACCUGGGAGGAGGAGGAUGGUGUAUAAACAGCACCGUAUACGAGAAUCACACGGAGGCGUACGCCGACAGCUGCACUAGGCGCGCCACAUUGGCCAUCGGAUCUUCCUUCCACAUGGGUGAUUUCUCGUUUACGGGGAUAUUUAGUGAUGAAGAAAACCAAACUUACUUCUAUAAUUGGAACCGGGUCAUCGUAAGAUAUUGUGACGGCGGGUCAUUCUCCGGUGAUGUCGACCAACCCGAUCCGGAAACUAAGCUCUUCUACCGAGGGGCAAGAAUAUAUAAAGCUGUCAUUACUGAGUUAAUGGCGAAAGGCAUGCAAGAUGCCCGGAAUGUGAUCCUUGCUGGAGGUUCUGCAGGGGGAAUAGGUGCGAUGAUUCAUUGCGAUCAUUUUCGCAACCUAUUCCACCCCAUUGUGAACGUCAAGUGCUACAUUGAUAGUUCUUUUUUUCUAAAACUAAGGGAUCCCAAGCAUGCCCAGUUCAUGAAGACUGUUUUUGGCAUAGUUGUUGAAUUGCAGCAAAGCGCCAAGGCACUACCGGCCGAGUGCAUAUCCAAUCGAAGUGCAUUAUCGUGCUUCUUUCCAAAACACUUGGUGAAGUACAUAAAAUCCCCAAUUUACUUUUUGAAUUCGGCCUUUGAUUCAUAUCAGAUUUUAGGCAACAACUGAUAAAUGCAUUGCCUACCCCAGCGGCCACUAAUGGGUAUGUGGUCACUUCACAGUUUGGCCAUUCCUUCGGUCAGAAAGGGUUGAAGAAACCCAUGUUUCCCGAAGACCCAAAGUCAAAGACACUAGAGGAGGCCCUGGUCGAGUGGUUUUUUGAUGAGGGAAGGUUCCACAUUGUUGAUCCAAAUGAUGAGCCAUUCUGGAAUGAUACAGCUCAUUGAGUGGUUUUUUGUUAUCGUUUUCUUCAAUUGUCAUCUCUAAAUUAAGACUGCUUGAAUGUGACACCAAUUACCUCUUAAUUAGUAGCUACGUACUUUAAUUAUGAGAAUUCGUUCAAAUAUUUCUUUUUAUAUUUAUUCGAAUUAGCAUUUCCAUUUGUGUGUUUCACGAG